UAUCAGUCCAUUUGUCUCUUGGCAGACAAUCAGAUAAACUAAAAGCAUCUCUGCCAAUUGAUGGUUUUUCGCAUGGAGGAGAUUCAGUGCUCGAGGGAAAGUCGCUGCUAGGUCUGCAUUAUCUCAUUAUGACGGAGCGGAAAAGGUCGACCACGCUGGGUGAAGCGGGUAAACGGCACUGGGUAUCUGUAUCCUACAGGUUUUCCUCCAGGAGAACCUGCGGCAUCCCUUAUUUCCUCGUUUAAAACAUUCCGUUAAAGCUCAGGGACAGUUGGUUGGUCCUCUCCGCUCCACCCAGUCCGUUGCGGCAGCCUCUCGCUGGACUCGCUCUUCUCCACAACACAACUAGACAACACGGACCAAUCGUCGGCUCAUCACUGACUGGCCGAGCAGUGUGCCGCUCGCUACUUUCCCCAACAGCCGCCACCAAAAGUCUCCGCGACGAUGUCUUCGUCAAGUCGUGCUCUGUCCACGAGUCGCUGGAAAAUUGUGCCUACGUGAGUGAUUCUCCCUCAGAUCUGUUGGUAAGAAAUGGUCAGCGUGCCUGUUAAAAGUCCUCUCCAGCAUCAAUGAAGGCACUCGUGGAGAACAUGACCGCACGUGUGUCUUUUCAUCACUUAACAAAUAGUGGUGCCAACAUGGGAUUUACUCUGGUUAACCAUGGCAAUCUAUAGCUGUCUGUUUUUUGUGUACGUAAUCGUGUUCGUUGUUUCCAUUUUGGGCGCCACCGGAAGAACAAUAAAAUUGGGCUAUUUGAUGGCCGAUCGGUCAAAGGUGUACGUUCGGGAGAAGCAGGGUCGGGUGAUAUCCGGGGCGAUGACCUAUGCUAUCACUCAAAUCAACAACAACAGAAGUGUUUUACCGCAUCACAAAUUGGAAUUUAUCUGGAGUGAUACAAAUGCUGACAAACUGAUGAGUAUUCGUCGCUUGACGGAGCAGUGGGAGGACAAGGCUGUGGGGUUCUUUGGGCCUGAGGACACGUGUACUGUGGAGGCUCGUGUAGCCGCCGCAUGGAAUCUGCCUAUGAUAUCCUAUAAAUGCACCGAAUCCGACGUGUCGGACAAAACACUGUACCCAACGUUUGCUCGGACACUCCCCCCCUCCACACAAGUUACCAAAUCCAUCAUAGCCUUACUGAAACAUUUCAAGUGGCGGAAAUUUACUAUGGUGGUUGGUUCAUCGCACAAACAGAAAACGAUUGCCGAUCGCCUGGCAGAGCUCUGUGACAUGUAUGAUGUGCAGAUCAACGACCGGAAGGAGUACCCCGAGCCGCACAUCCCACUGACGAUGGCCAAUCCUUUUCCGCGAUUGGUCGAAGAAACCUACAUCCGCACGCGCGUGUAUGUGUUCUUGGGCGACGGUAAUGGGAUUGUGGACUUCAUGAGCAACCUCUAUGAUCGAGGCUUGGUGGACUCGGGAGAAUAUGUCGUUAUCUACAUUGACCAUGCGCCUUAUGAGGAGAGUCAACCACUGAAGUACUUCAGACGUACUCUGGAUCCACCGAAGGAGACUCGUAAUGUUUGGGCGGCCCGCUGUUUGCUAGUCAUCGCGCUUAGCCCUCCUUACAAUCCAAACUACGACAAGUUCCACGCCGAAGUAAACAGGUACAACGAACUGCCGCCAUUUGAGUUUCCAAAUCCAUUUAAAAAACCCAAACAGAUUACUGUCUACGCCGCCUACCUCUAUGAUGCCGUGUAUCUAUACGCCAGAGCUCUGGACGAGGUGCUGAGUGCUGGAGGAGAUGAAACAAAUGGUACUGCGAUCGUCAGUCAUAUCCGGGGAAGAAGUUACACCAGUAUCCAAGGUUUCCUAGUGCAUAUAGAUGAAAACGGCGAUGCGGAAGGAAAUUACACGGUGCUGUCACGGCAGCAAGGUCCUGACGGCAAUUACGCCAUGAGGCCCGUCGGCCAUUUCGAAAUCCAGGGAAAAGGUACACUUCCGCGAUUUGGGUUUUUCCGAUCAAAGACGAUAGACUGGGUGGAUGGAAUACCAUUGGACGAGCCGCAGUGUGGUUAUCAGGGAGAGAGGUGCAUCCCACCUCAAACGUAUGUGUUGGAGAUCGUAUGCGGUGUGUUGGGAGGGAUAGUUCUCAUCACCGGUAUAGUAGUCCUCAUCAUUUAUCGGAACUGGCGUAAUGAACAGGAAAUAGCUGGUUUAUUGUGGAAGAUAGAUGUGGAAUGUCUCCACGGGACAGACAGGACCUCUUCACCACACCGUGACCUCUCGGGCAGCAGGAUGACACUUUGCAGCAACAUGUCCGCCGAGUCCAGAUUCUCCUAUACACAAGUCUAUGUCCGCACAGGCUCAUACAAAGGGCAAAUUGUUGCUCUUAAAAUGUUUGAAAAGAAGAAUUUAGACUUGACAAGACACAUGAAGAAGGAAAUGAAACUGAUGCGAGACCUCCGGCAUGACAAUGUGAACACGUUCAUUGGAGCUUGCAUUGACCCACCGUACUUCAUUAUCGUCACUGAUUACUGCCACAAAGGAAGCCUCCAGGACAUCUUAGAGAACGAGGAUAUGAAACUGGAGCCUAUGUUCAUAGCAUCGCUGGUUAAGGACGUCAUUCAGGGAAUGAUUUUCAUACACGACAGUGAACUUGGAUACCAUGGCAACUUGAAAAGUUCCAACUGCGUGGUAAACAGUCGCUGGGCUCUGCAGGUCACUGACUUCGGCUUGCUGGAUCUGCGUGGUGCUGCAUAUCGAAAAGAAGAUGAACACGCUUACUUCAGAAAUUUGUUCUGGAAGGCACCCGAGCUGUUGAGAACAGGCAGUAAAAAGGGCACCAAGGAAGGCGAUGUAUAUUCCUUUGGGAUAAUCCUCCAUGAGAUAUUCGGCCGGAUCGGUCCGUUUGGUAAUAGCCUCUUGGAACCUCGGGAGAUUAUCGAGAAAGUGAUGCAGAUAAAAGGAGAACCCUUUCGUCCCGAUAUCUCUGUGUUGAAUUGUGAAGACUACAUCGUGGUCUGCAUGAAAAGAUGCUGGGAUGAAAACCCUUCCCUCAGGCCAGAUUUCCACGAGGUCUGGAACUCCCUGAAACCUCUGCGCAAAGGAAUGAAGAGAAAUAUAGUGGAUAACAUGGUGGCCAUUAUGGAGAAAUACCAGAGCAAUCUGGAGGCGCUUGUGGACGAGCGAACGGGCCAGCUGAAUGAGGAAAAGAAGAAAACGGAGGCUUUGUUGUACAGAAUGUUACCCAAAUCUGUUGCCGAAAGGCUUAAGUGUGGCUUUCCGGUGACACCAGAGACAUUUGAGUCGGUGACUAUCUACUUUAGUGAUAUUUGUGGGUUUACCUCAUUGUCAGCCGGCAGCACGCCCAUGCAGGUGGUGGAUCUUCUGAAUGACCUGUACACGCUGUUUGACAGCAUUAUCAAGGAUUACGAUGUCUACAAAGUGGAGACGAUAGGCGAUGCCUACAUGGUAGUUAGCGGGCUUCCCAUUCCUAACGGUAACCUUCACGCGGGAGAGAUAGCCUCAAUGUCACUUAGCCUCCUAUCAGCCAUAAAGACCUUCAAGAUUCAUCAUCGUCCCGACGACACGCUUAAGCUGCGGAUUGGUAUCCACUCAGGCUCCUGUGUGGCCGGAGUGGUAGGACUAACCAUGCCACGUUACUGCCUAUUCGGAGACACCGUCAACACCGCCUCCAGGAUGGAAUCUAACGGCGAACCGUUGAAAAUCCACUGCAGCGGUGACUGCAAAGCGGUGCUGGACAAACUCGGAGGAUAUCAGUUAAAACCAAGAGGCCUGGUAGCCAUGAAGGGGAAGGGCGAGUUGCUGACCUACUGGUUGGAAGACGAAGACGUGGCAGUCCGCCAGAGCCGGAUAGCAGCACUGCUGAUCACGCGUUCUCCAGCGGUGGAGAAUAACACCGUACCGAAUGACCCAAAGCCAGAACUACAGCCAAAAUCAAGCCAUCAAAAAUUAUCCGGUAAAAAGGUGGUAAAAAAUGACUCUAUAAAACUUAAACGAGAGAAUAGUUACACACGUGAUGAGAGCCAGAGUUUUCAUUCUUGUCUCCGGGACAAUGAAAACAAUGUGGUGUCAAGCCCGCGGUCAUCUUCCCGGCCAGGGCCGACGCCGGACGUGCCUCCGGGAAAGACCUGCCUCUCUGUGGACAUCAAAUCGCACAGAAACCCAAUGUUUUUGCCUUCCCCAGAUGCAGACAAAUGUCAGGAGUUGGGCGCGGGCGCAAGUGUUCAUUCUACACCAGAAUGCCAUUCUGCGGAGGAAACAGACUCUUUACUGGCCACUGAAAUAUGGACCAAGAAAGAGCCAGUGAGCAGGCCAAAUUUCACAGUUCAGAACGGCUCCUGCGUGACAAUUAAGGAUAUAGAGCUAUGCACACUGUGUUUGGGUAACCGUUGUACCUGUCUACCUACAGAGCAGUUGACCAAUGUUUGACGGCAGGUUUUGACUCCUCCACAUGAGUUACCGUUGUUACCUGUGUCAGCUGAGUGUCAGCGUUGACCUUACCUUACGUAUCAGCAUUAAUCUUUGCAGACUGAUCUACAAUGGUUUUAAGGUCAUCAAAAUGAUUAGCUCUAGAAAAUGAAAACCAAAAUCUUGACGUGAGGCAGCCAUUACAUUGCAUACGUCCUGUAUGUUAAGUUUUUUAACAUCCUGCUUCAUAUUUUCAGGUUUUAUUGAUGAUGUUUUGGACAAAAUUGUUAUUUAAAGUGUCCGAUUAAGAUGUGCAAUUUGACUUUGUAGUGCUUAGGUCAGAACUCCUGUGCCUUCAGAUGUUAUAAUGGCAAUGAAUGCUCUUCUGAACACCCAAAACUGUCAUCUGUGAUGGCUGAUAACAGCCAUCUAGACCGCUACCUUAGCGACCUAAUUGAGGGCGCGGUUUUAACGUGGUCAUGAAGGUCGCGGAAAUCGCUGUUCCGCUUGUUUCGCUGGGGCCCGAAGGCCUCAAUGGGCACGUCUUCUAUGGGGUCGCAAAGGCUGCGUUCAAAACUUGGAAAUAGGUCGUCAUAGUCAUUCCUUUAACUUACAGUCUGUUGCGACCCAGAAAACGGUGGCUUCCUGUGAACCGUCAGGACUCUUAUUUAGCAUAAAAGGGAAGGACAUGCUGUAAGUCUAUCGUCCGCCUAUCUGAUACGCUGUAUUAAUCCUCUGGGAGAUCUCAGUGAGCUGUGUGAGGUUGUCCAGUCAACCUACUACUGACUUCCAGAUCACCUUCUACCUUUGUCACUUAUUAAUGGCUUUACGUUACUGAACUUGCAAUAAUAGCAAAGGUGGACGGGCAGCCGUAACGGCAAUGGAAGGAAACACCGGUUAAUUAGACAAUUAUCUUUUAUAAAAAAGCUAUAUGAAUUAUCACGAAGUUUUUAUUUGGUAUUUUUUUCCGGUACCUGAGCUUUGAUGCUCUGUUAAACGUAUUUGAUCAAUAAAAUAUCUGAGGGCGGAUAAACAGUCUCUGUCUAUUAUAUCACAGGUUUUUUCCUGUCUGUCCGUGCAUCAGCUGUACAUAGAUCCUCCGUCACACGACCAGCAGAUACAGGAAGUUCAUUGACGAUUCACCACGUGACAGAAAAAACACGUCAGGGAAUAGAAGACACAGAGUUACGGCUCCUAGAAGACACAGAGUUAUGACACCCAGAUUACAUAUCAGACUAUUAUACAUCAAACCGUUUUUAGCAUAUUUUUGGCGAUCAUUGAGGAAGUUAAAGCUAUGUAGGUAUUUCUAGAGUAAUACAUUAACGCUGUGAAACUGUCACAUAUCCACACAGAGAAUGAAAUAUUGCUCAUAUGGCGUAAUUGGUCGAUGCAUUUGCAUUUAUUCAUUGUAAUGUGUUAGUUUUGAGUGAGUGAGUGAGUGGUUGGGGUUUAACGUCGUACAUAGCAAUUUUUAUGACGACGAAGGAAUCCUUAGAGUACAUGUCAUGUGCCUUCUUGUUGCAGGACGGAUUUCCACCGCUUUUUUUUUCUAGUGCUGCUUCAAUGAGACGCCUUACUGGAGGCAAGUAUGCCGCCCCGCCCGAGCUAUUACACUGAUACGGAUCAUCCAGUCGUUGCACUAUCCCUUUCAUGCUGAACGCCAAGCGAGGAAGUUACAGCUUUCUCGUUCAAGGCCUUAGGUGUUAGUUAUGAAGAUGAAUAGAUAAAUACACGCAUUUAAUUUAUUUGCACUGUUUAAAGGAAAUUUAGCCUAUCUGUAAUGAAAGUGUAAAUUGUGUUUCCCCAUCUUUGGUCAACACUCCUAUCCGGCACUGUUUUUGUGUGAACCUUACAAAUGUUCGCUAAAAUUCUUACAUCUUGGUUGGACCGCAUAGACUUCACUUUAUUGAUGGAUUGCUAAGUGUCACCUUUGUGCUCUCAUAGAAAACCGAAAAAACCCCAUCCCUACAUGCGUAAUGGCGGGGAUGAGAAAGCUUCAUAGGGUGAUAGGGUAAAUUAUUUGACCAAUAUAGUGGUAAUUAACCUGAGACAUACGAUCUCUGUGCCUUUCUCUUUU